AUGCCGAUGGUGAGCGUACACCAACGGAAUAUACUUCUUUCUUUUUUCUUUCUUUCUUUGAUGUACUUCCUUUACAAUUUGCAUAAAAUAUUAGUUUUAACCUUUUUUCUUAUUCCUAAAUUAAAAACUUCUUUCUUUCUUUCUUUCUUUCUUUCUUUCUUUCAUUCUUUCUUUCUUUCUUUUAUAUUUCUUUUUCUUAUACCUUCGUUUGUUCGCUCUUUCUUUUUUUUUUUUCUAUACAUUCAUGGUGGUUCAUUUGCUAAAACCACUACAUUAUUCUUUCUUUCUUUUUUCUUUCUUUCUUUGUUUUUUCUAUCUUUCUUUCUUUUUCUUUCUUUCUUUCUUUCUUUCUUUCUUUUUCUAUCUUUCUUUCUUUCUUUCUUUUUUCUAUCUUUCUUUCCUUCUUAUUUCUUUUCUUUUUUUUCUUUCUUUUUUUUCUAUCUUUCUUUUCUUUCUUUCUUUCUUUCUUUUUUUUUAUCUUUCUUUCUUUUUUUCUUUCUUUCUUUUUUUUCUUUCUUUCUUUUUUUCUUACAUUCUGGUGGUUCAUUUAUAAAACCACUACAUUAUUUUUCUUUCUUUCUUUCUUUAUUCUUUCUUUGUUUUUUUUCUUUUUCUUCUUCUUUCUUUUUCUUUUUUCUUUUCUUUCUUUCUUUCUUUUUUCUAUCUUUCUUUCUUUCUUUUUUCAAUCUUUCUUUUUCUUUCUUUCUUUCUUUUUUCUAUCUUUCUUUUUCUUUCUUUCUUUCUUUCUUUCUUUUUUCUAUCUUUCUUUCUUUUUCUUUCUUUCUUUCUUUCUUUUUCUAUCUUUCUUUUUCUUUCUUUCUUUCUUUCUUUUUUCUAUCUUUCUUUCUUUUUCUUUCUUUCUUUCUUUCUUUUCUAUCUUUCUUUCUUUCUUUUCUUACAUUCUUUUUAUUCUUUUUUCUUUCUUUUUCUUUCUUUCUUUCUUUUUUUAUCUUUCUUUCUUUUCUUUUCUUCUUUCUUUCUUUCUUUCUUUCUUUUUUCAUUCUUUCUUUUUUCUUUCUUUCUUUCUUUCUUUCUUUUUUCUUUUUUCAAUCUUUCUUUUCUUUCUUUCUUUCUUUUUUUUUAUUUUCUUUUUUCUUUCUUUCUUUCUUUUUUCUAUCUUUCUUUCUUUCUUUUUCUUUCUUUCUUUCUUUCUUUCUUUUUCUAUCUUUCUUUCGUAAAACACAGAAAUUGCAUCUUUAUUUAUCUAUUUAUACUCCUAAUAUCGGGAGCGCAAUGUCCCUUCAUUUCCUAUCAGUAGAUCUAAAUGUAUCAGUGCGCAUGCGCAGAAAUUGGAACGAGAAAAUCGCUCGCUGCAUAACAUCAAGUGGAUAUGUAUAUAUAUGUUUCUGUCAAGAUGAAUCUGUCUGUCUGUCUGUCUGUCUGUAUCUAUCUAUCUAUCUAUCUAUCUAUUAG